UCUAGUCGGGGAUACAGUGGCCUGUUAGAGCUGUAGCUUGUUUCAACUCUCGGUGCCGCUAUUGCUGAAAAUGUCUGUGGAGGAUCGAGUUACACUACACCCCAUCCCUAAGCCGCUCUAUGCGCCGUUAGCUACAGGAGGAAGACUCAGGACAACACGCUAGGAUAGGAAGCGUCUAGCAUUACCGAGGCACCGCAGACCAGUCCGCGUUCGUGUUUGAAGAACAAAAUCAACAUUAUUGAUUAAGAACUGGCUUGACAUUUCUUUUGGAAUAAAAAAAUGAUUGAAACAAUAGAUACCCAGCGUGCCUUGCAAGCAGUGGAACGUCUCCAGGCAAAGCUAAAGGAACGUGGUGAUGUCCUGACGGAGGAAAAGCUUAACAUGUUGAAAACUGUACUUCAGAGCCCUCUGUUUCAACAAAUUCUUACACUACAGACCUCUGUCCAACAGCUAAAAGAACAGGUGGAUGCAGGUCCUGCAUCGCUAUCUCCGAAUACCGAACUGCCUCAAACCAUUAAGCCGGGGCUUUGCUCACUUCCCUUGAGUGACUCGUAUGUGUUAGCACAACAGAAUGGCAAUUAUGGUAUACAGAGAGACACCCCAGCGCUUUCAAUUACCCCACAGAUAAAUGGCAAACCUUCAGUGGACGAGUUUGAGCACUUAAUUCGUUCAAUGGCUCAGGGCCGGUAUGUAAUGCAUAUUGAGCUGGUUAAGCCAAUCUCCGGAGGGCUGGGCUUCAGUGUAGUUGGUUUAAAGAGCGAAAACAGAGGAGAACUGGGAAUAUUUGUACAGGAAAUCCAGCCAGGAAGUGUGACACACUGUGAUGGAAAACUGAAAGAAGGAGAUCAGAUUUUAUCCAUCAAUGGGCAACCACUGGACCAAACUAUCACUCAUCAAGAGGCUAUCAGUAUCCUCCAGAAAGCCUCAGAGAAGGUUAAUCUCAUUGUAGCUAGAGGUCCUAUCCCACAGCUGGCUAGCCCAGUGGUCUCCAGGACUCCCUCUGCAGCCAGCACACUCUCUGCUCAUUCCAGCGCGACACACUGGCAGCACAUGGAAACAAUUGAGCUGGUGAAUGAUGGCACGGGUUUGGGAUUUGGCAUUGUGGGAGGAAAAAGCACUGGUGUAAUUGUGAAAACUAUCCUGCAAGGAGGAGUAGCUGAUCAGGAUGGACGUCUUCGUAGCGGAGACCACAUUCUGAAGAUUGGUGACACUGAUCUGCAUGGAAUGGGCAGUGAGCAGGUCGCCCAGGUGCUCAGGCAGUGUGGUAAUAGAGUGAAACUUGUUAUCACAAGAGGAGCGAUAGAGGAUUCUUCAGCUCCUCCUGCUCCAGUUCUGCCUCCAGUGGUGGAGCUGCAGUGUGAAAUGACAGAUUAUGAAGAGGAUGAUAUUGAUGCAUUUGAUGUGGAGCUAACCAAAAAUGCACAGGGUCUGGGAAUAACUAUUGCUGGUUAUGUAGGAGACAAAACCUCUGAACCCUCUGGCAUCUUUGUGAAAAGUAUAACAAAAGGCAGCGCUGUAGAGCAAGAUGGCCGGAUCCAUAUUGGUGAUCAGAUAAUAGCUGUGGAUGGGACAAACAUACAAGGUUUCACUAAUCAGCAAGCAGUGGAGGUUCUGAGACACACAGGGCAGACAGUGCAUCUGAAGCUCAUGAGGAGAGGAUUCAGACCCGAGGAGCCACUGAUUUCAGAACACAAACCUCUGCCCAAAGUUGUGAAGGAGCUUGCUGUUGACAGAAUGGAUUCAGAUAUUACAAUAGAGGAUAGUGAUAGAAAACAAAAACCGUACCCAUCAAUUUGUGGAAGUUCAAGCAUAACUCCUACAGAGGAUGAACAGAUACAAUCAAAAGAGGGAACACUGUUGACUGCCGUAGAGGAGGAAGAGCUCAAGAAAAAGUGGCAGUCUUUACUUGGUCCCAGCAAUGAAGUUGUGGUUGCUCAAGUUGAAAAGUUUAGUGAAAGCAGUGGCCUUGGCAUCAGUUUGGAAGCAUCCUCAGGGCACCAUUAUAUCCGUUCAGUUCUGCCAGAGGGGCCAGUUGGACGCAGUGGAAGAUUGUUCAGUGGGGAUGAACUCCUUGAGGUAAAUGGAAUAUCGUUAAUUGGUGAAAACCAUAAGGAAGUCAUAAGCAUUCUCAAGGAGCUGCCUGUAUUUGUGACAUUGGUGUGCUGUCGUCCAGCUUUGCUAUUAGACAGUGACAGUGAUAUAGGAGGAAAAAAUGGCCUCCAAGAACAUUUUGAUGAACCAGAACAGAAGGUACAUUUAGAUCUUGGUGAUUGUGUUGGUUCCUCGGAGACGGAUGAUAUUGUGAAAGAGAAUGUCACUGAGGAGACUCUAGGCUCAUCCUUAGCCAUGUGGGAAACAGAAAUACAAGACAUUGAGCUAGAGAAAGGAGACAUGGGGCUUGGCUUCAGCAUUUUAGACUAUCAGGACCCUGUUGACCCAGAAAAAACAGUGAUAGUGAUCCGCUCCCUGGUUCCUGAUGGGGUGGCAGAAGUAGAUGGGCGCCUACUCCCUGGAGAUCGGCUCAUGUUCGUUAACGAUACAAACUUGGAGAAUGCGAGCCUGGAGGAUGCAGUGCAGGCACUGAAGGGUGCACCAGUGGGAAAGGUCCGAAUUGGAGUGGCCAAGCCUUUACCUCCGACCCCUGAGGAGGGCUGUUCUUCUGCAAAGGAUGAUUCCAUCUUCUACACUGCUCAGCAGUUUGAAGACGAGGAGCAGGCUGAUGCUGCAGUUUUCCAUGCAGAGCUAGCAAUGAUUGACUCUAAUGAAGCAGACUUGACUGAUGAAAAGACGUUUGAUUCUCAGUACCCAGGGGAAGAAGAUGACACCUUUCAGGAGUCUAUGUUAGCGUUACAUGGCAGCACGUGCAGCGUAGAUCUGGAUUACCAGCUGUCUAUGCAUUCCUCUACGCCCAAGAGUACCUAUGAAGAUGCUUUUGCAAAGCCCUCAUUUUCAGCAGCGACAGAAUUUGCUGAUGAAGCUGAACCAUUUUUCCCUGAAGAGAAACGAAUCACUCUUUUCCAGCCUUGGAAAGCUACAAGUUCAGCACUACCUUUUGGAGCCACUAACAAAACACCGUCUCCUGAGCAGCACAUAAACCUAAUGGAGACAGAUUGUGUCAUGCCAGAGGUGGUGCAGUCAGAGCCAUGUUCAGCUUUGAAUCAUGACAAAAGGUCUAUUCAGUCUUUUGAGACAGAAAUGGAACUGGAUAAGGCAUCUGAUGCCUGUGCAGAAUAUAAGCCCUGCCAUGAAGGCAGUGUUUCCACAGAUCCAGGCAGGGAAGAUACUGAUGAUAGAUCCUCUCACCAGGAAGGUUUUGUCCCUGUAAAGAGAAACGAAGAUAUGGAGGAUCAAGGCCUUGUAGAGAACAUAGAUAAUGAAAUGUUCUCUUCUGGAAGCAGUUUUGAGAGGACAAUUACUGUUGUCAAGGGCAACUCUAGUCUUGGGAUGACUGUGAGUGCUGUUAAGGAUGGCUCAGGGAUGAUUAUUCGCAGUAUCAUUCAUGGUGGAUCCAUCAGUCGAGAUGGGCGGCUUGCUGUAGGAGACUGUAUCUUAGCUAUCAAUGGAGAGCCUACCACUAAUCUAACCAAUGCGCAGGCUCGUGCCAUGCUGAGAAGACACUCCCUCAUUGGGCCUGACAUAAGAUCUUCUUGUGCGCCAGCUGACGAUCAGUCCCCCUUUUAUGUUAUCACCUAUGUUCCGUCAGAGUAUUUAGAGGAAUACAGAAUCAGCCUGGUUCACCUGAAGGAUGAAACUACCUCUGGAGCACCUUCUACAUGUGCGGAAGCUGGUGAACUUCCUGAGCGGGAAGAUGGAGAAGGAGAGGAAAGUGAAAUGCAGAGUUCUGCUUACAGCAACUGGAACCAGCCAAGGAAAGUGGAGCUGUUUCGAGAGGCUGGUAAAUCCCUGGGUAUCAGUAUUGUGGGGGGAAGAGGAAUGGGGAGCCGGCUAAACAAUGGGGAGGUGAUGAGAGGAAUCUUCAUCAAGCACAUCCUAGAGGACAGCCCUGCAGGGAGAAAUGGAACACUGAAGACAGGAGACAGAAUCGUAGAGGUGGAUGGAAUCGAUCUGAGGGAUGCCAGUCAUGAACAGGCAGUCGAGGCCAUCCGUAAGGCAGGGAAUCCUGUGGUGUUUAUGGUGCAGAGCAUCGUGCACAGACCCAGACCUGAUUCUUUCUAUAGUCCUUCAUCAUCUCCUGUAAUAGAGAAACACAUUACUACAAUGCCUUUACCUCAUCAGCUUUGUAAGAAACCACCCUUGCCUUUUCUGCUGCCAAAACCAAUCCCUGAGCCAGCCUUCAGCAGUACUAAUCCAUUUGUUGCCUCCUUUCAGCCUUCCCUGUUCCAGACGAUGACAACAGAAUCAAAUGAAGAGAAGUGCAUCCCAACGUCAAAUGUAAUUGCCAAACAUGAAAUAAAAAUCAAGGGAUCUGAGAGUCACAGUAGACUUUUCCUUCGCCUCUCCCCAACUAACCCCUUUGCUCCUACUCCAUUUAAGGCGCCAUCAAACAGAUUGGAUUUGGAAGCAGGAAAGGUUUCUCUAAGUGUUCCACUGGUGAGUUCACUCCCAGUGGUGCCCCCUAUUGGUGAGACAGAGACGGACACACUGAUGGAGCCCGAGAACCUUGCCUUGCCAAUGGACUCUCCAGAUGAAGAAGAGGAUGAAUUUGGUUACAGCUGGAAAAAGAUCAUACAGCGCUAUGGCAGCUUACCUGGUGUACUGCACAUGAUUGAGCUGGAGAAAGGAAAGACGGGACUGGGGCUCAGCUUGGCUGGCAACAAGGACCGUUCCAGAAUGAGUGUGUUUGUAGUUGGAAUUGAUCCGAGCGGAGCAGCUGGAAGAGAUGGCCGGAUCCUUGUUGGAGAUGAAUUACUAGAGAUAAAUGGACAAAUUUUGUAUGGCCGUAGCCAUCAGAAUGCAUCAUCCAUAAUCAAAAGUGCACCCUCUAAAGUCAAAAUAAUUUUUAUCAGAUACAGUGCUGUUGGGUUUCUGACAUUCGAAUGCCAAAACAGGAACACCGAUGCCCUGAAUCAGAUGGCUGCAGGCCCAGUGAAAGAAUGUGGAGACAUGUUAGAAUCGCAGACCGAGCUGGACAUGUGUGCUGUAUCACCAUCAGCGAUAGAUUUUGAUUUAUUCAAAAAUAUCCAGCACAUCAUCCUGCCUAAGGAUCAAGGAGGUUUGGGAAUUGCCAUCAGUGAGGAGGAUACAAGUGGAGGUGUGGUGAUAAAGAGUUUAACUGACAAUGGGGCAGCAGGAAAGGAUGGGAGAAUUAAAGUUAAUGACAAAAUCCUAGCAGUAGAUGAUGAAACUGUAGUAGGAUGCCCUGUGGAAAAGGUUAUUAAUUUGCUGAAGAGGUCAAAGAGCACUGUGAAGUUGACAAUAUGUUCGGAGGAUUUAUCAUCACUUUCAUCCUGUGUGAAUCUACCAGAGAGUGCUUCUGAUGUAAAGAUAAGCCAGUCCCUUCCCACUGCAUUCAUCUCUGACGUGGAUCCAUUUAAAAAUGCAAGCAGGUCAUCUACUCCUGCAACUAUGGCAUCAGACCCUGUCACCUGUCCUAUUAUUCCUGGAUGCGAGACCACCAUUGACAUUUCUAAGGGACGCACUGGGCUUGGCCUGAGCAUUGUUGGAGGCUCUGAUACACUCUUGGGAGCCAUCAUUAUUCAUGAAGUGUAUGAAGAAGGCGCUGCAUCCAAAGAUGGAAGACUCUGGGCUGGUGACCAGAUAUUGGAGGUUAAUGGAAUUGAUUUACGAAAUGCCACUCACGACGAGGCAAUCAACGUUCUGAGACAAACCCCCCAGAAAGUGCGUCUGACAGUGUACAGGGAUGAGGCCCAGUACAAAGAAGAUGACAUGUGGGAUGUGUUCUUCUUGGAACUGCAGAAGAAACCGGGUGAAGGUUUAGGCCUCAGUAUUGUUGGGAAAAGGAAUGACACCGGUGUCUUUGUGUCAGACAUUGUGAAAGGGGGAAUAGCUGAUACAGAUGGUAGAUUGAUGCAAGGAGACCAGAUUCUCUCUGUCAAUGGGGAAGAUGUUCGGUCGGCAACACAAGAAUCUGUCGCUGCUUUAUUAAAGUGCUGCAUUGGAACAAUAACUCUAGAAGUUGGGAGAUAUAAAGCUGGACCCUUUCAUUCGGAGAGGCGAUUAUCACACAGCAGUCAGGUUAGUGAAACAGGCAGCUUUGGUGCAUCAUCAUGUUUGUCUGGAUCUGGAAGUGGUUUGGGUGAUAACUUUGAAAGCAGACGGAAGAGCCUCGAUUCAGGCUCUGACUUUCAAGAGCUCAGAACUGUUGAGUUUACUAAGGGCCCUUUGGAUUCCUUAGGAAUCAGCAUUGCAGGAGGAGUAGGAAGCCCUCUUGGAGAUAUCCCCAUUUUUAUUGCCAUGAUGCACCCCACUGGCUUGGCAGCUCAGACUCAGAAAUUAAAAAUAGGAGAUAGGAUUGUUAGCAUUUGUGGAACGUCUACAGAAGGCAUGAGUCACUCCCAGGCUGUCACCUUGUUAAAAAAUGCCUCAGGGACAAUUGGGUUACAGGUAUGUGCAGGAGGCGAUGCAAGUGUGACAGGUUCAUCCCAUGAACAGACAGCCAGCCUUUCACUGUCAGGGCUGACAGCAAGCAGCAUAUUUCACGAUGACCUAGGGCCUCCUCAAUACAAAACUAUUACACUUGACAGAGGGCAUGAUGGUCUGGGCUUCAGCAUUGUUGGAGGAUUUGGCAGUCCUCAUGGAGAUCUUCCUAUUUAUGUUAAGACUGUUUUUGUAAAGGGAGCAGCUUCUGAGGAUGGGCGCCUGAAGCGUGGAGAUCAGAUCAUAGCUGUGAAUGGACAAAGUCUGGAAGGAGUCACCCAUGAAGAAGCAGUUGCUAUUUUGAAAAGGACUAAAGGCACUGUUAACCUUACUGUACUCUCGUAAAUGUUAACUUACUGGACAAAUUUGAUACUUUUUAUACUUUUUUUUUAAUUUGUAGCAGUGAGCACUGUGAUUAUGUUCUGUCAUCUUAACAAAAUCCAGGUAUAUCUUACAUAUAUUUAUACUAUACUAUAUAUUUAUAGUAUUCUUACUAUAAAUUACUUAAAAUAAAACUACUGAGACAGAGUGAUGCAAAUCAUUACUUUUAACACUGAUGAUAAAGCAUUUCAGAAUUUGAUAAAGGGUGUUUAUGUUGCUAUAAUGGUCUGUUUUUAUGCAACCAUGCAGUAUUUACUUGGCUUCCAUUUACAGAUAUGAUUUCACAGAACAUUGUAAAAUAAAAAAAUGGAAAAUAAGGAUUUUUUGUUUCUUAGAAUUCAACUUAAAGUUUUUACUUCUGUUCAACAAUUUCUGCUUUCUAGCUUUUCAAUAACAACAAAGUUUCUGUUACUGUACAGUUAGUUUCUGUAGUUCUGUUUGUUUUAUGCAAUGUAUACACACAAUACAAUUACAUAAAGAUAAUUCACAGAGCAUUCAAACAGUUUUACCACUUAGGUAUACAGAAACAAGAUAGUUUUUUUAAACAGUUACCAUUAAUUUGAUUGCAUAUUUACAAUUUCAAACAGGUCCCUCAUAAUUGAAAUCUUUUGCAUAUUCUUUAACCUCUAGUAAAGGUAACCAAUUGAAUACCAGGUAUCUGUCGGUGGCCAUUUGAGCCAUUAUGGUAAUGGAACUGCUCUAGGAAUCUCUAUAGCCUUAAAAUCCUUUACAAUGGAGGCUGGUGUUUUGGUUUAGCGGAAUUCACCAUUGUUUGGAGGUGUUUCCGGAGGCGGUGAUACAGACCUUAAAUUAAUCUUGAAUUAGAAUUAUAAUUGUAGUUUUAAUUACCUGAACUCUAUCUUUGUCUUUCUGUUUUUAAUGAGGAAGUUAGGGCAUUCAUAGCAUAAUACUGUCUAGUAAUGGAUUAAGCUUAAGUGUUUAUUACAUUUUGUCUUAACUAGAUGUUCUGGUUUUUUGUACAUCAUAAUUACUAAAAUACUUCUUUAUACUAAGGAGCAAAAUAAUAGCACCUGAUAUCGGAAAAAAAAAAUCUUGUGUUCCAAAUCAUUUAACCAGCAUGUAGAAAUAGGAUACAAAUAUCCUGUCAUUUGCAUGGUUUCUGGAGCAUUGCUGUCCAAACAUAAAAGUUGGAAAUACAAACAGCACAGCAGCAUAUCACUGUCUUGCAAAGAAAGUUACACCAACCUUUUCCUCCACUCUUCUAACUGUAAAACUCAAGAGUCCCAGUCUUACAAUCCUAUGUACAAAUUCAAAUUCAUGUUGUAUGAGAAUGUGUACAAAGUGUAUGUACUAUAGCGUAAGGAAAAUGAGUCAGAGAUGCCCAAACAAAACUGCUGUGUUUAAAAUAAUACCUCGAUUGACUAAGUGCUACAGCUGUUUUAGUUAAUGAAAUAUCAUGCUUGUUAAUAAUGUGGUAAAUUCAAGCUACAGUUAUACAGUAUAUACUGUAUGGAUGAUUGUAUGCCUAAUGAAGAGUUUACACUACAAUAAAGGAAUUCUCAAUAAUGAAA